AUGGGAACGAGGCCAUGGGAACGAGGCCAUGGGAACGAGGCCAUGGGAACGAGGCCAUGGGAACGAGGCCAUGGGAACGAGGCCAUGGGAACGAGGCCAUGGGAACGAGGCCAUGGGAACGAGGCCAUGGGAACGAGGCCAUGGGAACGAGGCCAUGGGAACGAGGCCAUGGGAACGAGGCCAUGGGAACGAGGCCAUGGGAACGAGGCCAUGGGAACGAGGCCAUGGGAACGAGGCCAUGGGAACGAGGCCAUGGGAACGAGGCCAUGGGAACGAGGCCAUGGGAACGAGGCCAUGGGAACGAGGCCAUGGGAACGAGGCCAUGGGAACGAGGCCAUGGGAACGAGGCCAUGGGAACGAGGCCAUGGGAACGAGGCCAUGGGAACGAGGCCAUGGGAACGAGGCCAUGGGAACGAGGCCAUGGGAACGAGGCCAUGGGAACGAGGCCAUGGGAACGAGGCCAUGGGAACGAGGCCAUGGGAACGAGGCCAUGGGAACGAGGCCAUGGGAACGAGGCCAUGGGAACGAGGCCAUGGGAACGAGGCCAUGGGAACGAGGCCAUGGGAACGAGGCCAUGGGAACGAGGCCAUGGGAACGAGGCCAUGGGAACGAGGCCAUGGGAACGAGGCCAUGGGAACGAGGCCAUGGGAACGAGGCCAUGGGAACGAGGCCAUGGGAACGAGGCCAUGGGAACGAGGCCAUGGGAACGAGGCCAUGGGAACGAGGCCAUGGGAACGAGGCCAUGGGAACGAGGCCAUGGGAACGAGGCCAUGGGAACGAGGCCAUGGGAACGAGGCCAUGGGAACGAGGCCAUGGGAACGAGGCCAUGGGAACGAGGCCAUGGGAACGAGGCCAUGGGAACGAGGCCAUGGGAACGAGGCCAUGGGAACGAGGCCAUGGGAACGAGGCCAUGGGAACGAGGCCAUGGGAACGAGGCCAGCCAAGGGAACGAGGCCAUGGGAACGAGGCCAUGGGAACGAGGCCAUGGGAACGAGGCCAUGGGAACGAGGCCAUGGGAACGAGGCCAUGGGAACGAGGCCAUGGGAACGAGGCCAUGGGAACGAGGCCAUGGGAACGAGGCCAUGGGAACGAGGCCAUGGGAACGAGGCCAUGGGAACGAGGCCAUGGGAACGAGGCCAUGGGAACGAGGCCAUGGGAACGAGGCCAUGGGAACGAGGCCAUGGGAACGAGGCCAUGGGAACGAGGCCAUGGGAACGAGGCCAUGGGAACGAGGCCAUGGGAACGAGGCCAUGGGAACGAGGCCAUGGGAACGAGGCCAUGGGAACGAGGCCAUGGGAACGAGGCCAUGGGAACGAGGCCAUGGGAACGAGGCCAUGGGAACGAGGCCAUGGGAACGAGGCCAUGGGAACGAGGCCAUGGGAACGAGGCCAUGGGAACGAGGCCAUGGGAACGAGGCCAUGGGAACGAGGCCAUGGGAACGAGGCCAUGGGAACGAGGCCAUGGGAACGAGGCCAUGGGAACGAGGCCAUGGGAACGAGGCCAUGGGAACGAGGCCAUGGGAACGAGGCCAUGGGAACGAGGCCAUGGGAACGAGGCCAUGGGAACGAGGCCAUGGGAACGAGGCCAUGGGAACGAGGCCAUGGGAACGAGGCCAUGGGAGCACACGGGAAGGCGAGGAGGAGGGCUGUCGGGGAAGGAGUCACCUGGCGCUGCAGCAGCUGCCCUGUGCUCGCUCUCACGCCUUACAGCUAA